AAAGGUCAAUUGGGAGCGACGGAGAGUCGGAGGGAGGAGGGAGGCAGAGAGACCCUGGCGGACAGCAGCGGAGAGAGAGGCUGGACCGGGAACAAUAGAGAGGAACGAAGCCAGCAAACAAGCCGCGAGGCGAAGCGGAGAAAGACGCCGCGCGAGGCUGAUGGAGGCAGAAGAGCGCGUGCGGAGGGCACGUGAGGAAUAACCGGGCUCCCCCGCCUUUCUUUUGUCCUUUCUUUUGUCGGUGGAUUGUAUCGAACCGGAUUCCGGUAUGAACCCCGCAGAAGCGGCCGAGGAGGCGCCCAGCGACCCCGACACGGAUGCCUUCUACAAAACAGGGUCCUCCAGGACUGAAGGCAUAAAGGCGUCUGAUGUUCUGCCGGUGCUGAAGGAGAAGGUUGCCUUCGUGUCUGGAGGACGCGAUAAAAGAGGAGGACCGAUCCUGACGUUUCCGGCACGGAGCAACCACGACCGGAUAAAACAGGAGGACCUGAGGAGGCUGGUCACCUACCUGUCUACGGUUCCCAGCGAGGACGUGUGCAAACGUGGGUUCACCGUCAUCAUUGACAUGCGCGGCUCAAAGUGGGAGCUCAUCAAGCCUCUGCUGAAGACCCUGCAGGAGUAUUUCCCUGCUGAGAUCUGCGUGGCGCUCAUCAUCAAACCCGACAACUUCUGGCAGAAGCAGAAGACCAACUUCGGCAGCGCCAAGUUCUCCUUUGAGACCAGCAUGGUCUCCGUUGAAGGUCUGGCCAAACUGGUGGAUCCUUCACAGCUGACAGAUGACUUUGAAGGCUCCUUGGAGUACAACCAUGAGGAGUGGAUUGAGCUGAGGGUUUCUCUGGAGGAGUUCAUGUUCAGUGCGGCUCACCUGCUGUACAGACUGGAAGACCUGCAGGAGCUGCUAUCUAAGAAGGAUUUCCCUGCUGAUGUGGAAGGUUCUCGCCGGUUAAUAGAAGAACACACUCAACUUAAAAAAAAGGUGCUGAAAGCUCCAGUGGAGGAGCUGGAUUUAGAGGGCCAGAGGCUGCUUCAGUGCAUCCGCUCUAGUGAUGGAUUUUCAGGAAGAAACUGCAUCUCAGGUUCUGCUGACUUUCAGAGCCUGGUGCCAAAGGUGGCCAGUCUUUUGGACAAGCUCCACUCCACCAGGCAGCAUCUCCACCAGAUGUGGCACGUCAGGAAGCUGAAACUGGACCAGUGCUUCCAGCUGCGCCUGUUCGAGCAGGACGCCGAGAAGAUGUUCGACUGGAUUCGCCACAACAAGGAGGUGUUCCUCCAGAGCCACACGGAGAUCGGCCGCAGCUACCAGCACGCCGCCGAGCUGCAGACGCAGCACAACCACUUCGCCAUGAACUCCAUGAACGCCUACGUGAACAUCAACAGGAUCAUGUCGGUGGCGAGCCGCCUGGCGGAGGCCGGCCACUACGCGUCGGCGCAGAUCAAGCAGAUCUCGGCCAAGCUGGAUCAGGACUGGAAGAGCUUCGCGGCCGCCCUGGACGAGCGCUCCACCAUCCUCGCCAUGUCCUCCGUCUUCCACCAGAAAGCCGAGCAGUUCCUGUCCGAGGUGGAGGCCUGGUGUAAGGUCUGCAGUGAAGGAGGACUUCCCUCAGAGAUGCAGGAGCUGGAGAUCUCCAUCCACCGCCACCAGAGUCUGUACGAGCAGGUGACCCAGGCCUACACCGAGGUGAGCCAGGAUGGCAAAGCCCUGCUGGACGUCCUCCAAAGACCUCUGAGUCCCAGCAACUCCGACUCCCUCACAGCAACGGCCAACUACUCCAAAGCGGUUCACUGUAUCCUGGAUGUGGUUCACGAGGUUCUCCACCACCAGCGACGCCUGGAGAACAUUUGGCAGCAUCGAAAAGUCCGGCUGCACCAGCGGCUUCAGCUGUGCGUCUUCCAGCAGGACGUCCAGCAGGUGAUGGACUGGAUCGAGAACCACGGAGAGGCCUUCCUCAGCAAACACACAGGAGUUGGGAAAUCCCUUCACAGAGCCCGAGCUCUACAGAAAAGACAUGACGACUUCGAAGAUGUCGCUCAGAACACCUACACUAAUGCAGACAAGCUGCUGGAGGCGGCAGAGCAGCUGGCCCAGACAGGAGAAUGCGACCCGGAGGAAAUCUACAAAGCAGCCAGACACCUGGAGGUCCGGAUCCAGGACUUUGUGCGGCGGGUGGAACACCGGAAGCUGCUGUUGGACAUGUCCGUCUCCUUCCACACGCACACCAAGGAGCUGUGGUCGUGGAUGGAGGAGCUGCAGAAGCAGCUGCUGGACGACGUGAGCUGCGACUCGGUGGACUCGGUUCAGGCUCUGAUCCAGCAGUUCCAGCAGCAGCAGACCGCCACGCUGGAGGCGACGCUCAACGUGAUUAAAGAAGGAGAGGAGCUCAUGCAGCAGCUCAGAGAUGCGGCCAUCACCACCAACAAGACGCCACACUGCAGUUCCAUCGCUCACAUCCAGGGGGUGCUGCAGCAGCUGGAUGAGGCCCAGGGCCAGAUGGAGGAACUGUUCCACGAGCGGAAGAUCAAGCUGGAUAUUUUUCUGCAGCUACGCAUCUUUGAGCAGUACACCAUCGAGGUCACUGCAGAGUUGGACGCCUGGAACGAGGAUCUGACUCGUCAGCUGAACGACGCCAGUCGCUCUGGCGGAGGAAGCGGCGGCAGCGGCGCCUCCUCCGGCAGCGCGGAGGACAUCAGCCUCGCCGAGCAGCGACUGAAACGUCACGCGGAGAGGAAGGCAGCCGUUAACAACAUGAUCUAUGAAGUGAUGCAGCAGGGUCAGGACCUGCACCAGUACAUCAUGGAGGUCCAGGCCUCAGGGAUCGAGCUGACGGGGGAGAAGGACGUGGACCUGGCCUCUCAGGUUCAGGAGCUGCUGGAGUUCCUCCAUGAAAAGCAGCAGGAGGUGGAGCAAAGCGCGCAGCACACGCACACACGGCUGGAGCAAAGCCUGCAGCUGCGCCACCUGCAGGCCGAAGUCAAACAGGUGCUCAGCUGGAUCCGAAACGGCGAGUCCAUGCUGAACGCCAGCAUGGUGAACGCCAGCUCGCUGUCGGAGGCCGAGCAGCUGCAGAGGGAACACGAACAGUUCCAGAUGGCGAUUGAGUCUCUCUUUCACGCCAACUCCCUCCAGAAGACUCACCAGAGCGCCCUGCAGGUCCAACAGAAAGCCGAGAUGAUGCUCCAAGCUGGACACUACGAUCCAGAAGCGAUCCGCGGCUGCGCUGAGAAGGUGGCUGUCCACUGGCAGCAGCUGAUGCUGAAGAUGGAGGACCGCUUAAAGCUGGUCAACGCCUCUGUGGCCUUCUACAAAACGUCCGAGCAGGUUUGCAGCGUCCUGGAGAGCUUGGAGCAGGAGUAUCGGCGCGAUGAAGACUGGUGUGGAACUCAGGAGAAACUGGGCGUUUUGGCCGACAGCGACCACCUGCUGCCUCUGAUCAGCAAGCAUUUGGAGCAGAAAGAAGCUUUUCUGAAGGCGUGCACGCUGGCCCGCAGGAACGCAGAGGUGUUCCUCAAGUACAUCCACAGAAACAACGUCAGCACCCCGGGAGCCGCCGGACACACCAGGGGACCGGAGCAGCAGGUCAAAGCUAUUCUGAACGAGCUGCUGCAGAGAGAAAACCGAGUUCUGCACUUCUGGACCCUGAAGAAACGGCGGCUGGACCAGUGUCAGCAGUACCUGGUCUUUGAACGCAGCGCCAAACAGGCGUUGGACUGGAUCCAGGAGACAGGUGAGGUCUACCUGGCCACGCACACCUCCCCAGGAGACAGCAGUGAGGAGACGCAGCAGCUCCUCAGCGACUAUCAUCACUUCCGACUCUCUGCAAAGCAAACCAAGGAGAAGGUGAAGCUGCUGAUCCAGCUGGCCGACAACCUGGUGGAGAAAGGCCACGCCCACGUGUCGGAGCUGAAGCGCUGGGUCAGCACGGUGGACCGCCGCUAUCGCGACUUCUCGCUUCGAAUGGCCAAAUACCAGGAGAGCCUGGAGAGGAGUCUGGGAGUCAGCUCUGAGGACAAUAAAGAUCUGGAGCUGGAGAUCAUGCCAGCCAGCCUGACAGACGACCCCGAGGUCAAACUGCGCGACCCCAACCACGAGGUCAACGAGGAGAAGAGGAAAUCCGCCAGGAAGAAAGAGUUCAUCAUGGCGGAGCUGCUGCAGACGGAGAAGGCCUACGUCAGAGACCUCCAGGAGUGUUUGGAGACCUACCUGUGCGAGAUGACCUCCGGCGGGGAGGAGAUUCCUGCGGGCGUCGCCAAGAAGGAGCACAUCGUGUUCGGGAACAUGCAGGAGAUCUACGACUUCCACAGCAAUAUUUUCCUGAAGGAGCUGGUGAACUAUGAGCAGCUUCCAGAGGACGUUGGUCACUGCUUCGUCACCUGGGCGGAUAAGUUCCACAUCUAUGUGGACUACUGCAAGAACAAGCCGGACUCCAGCCAGCUCAUACUGGAACACGCUGGCUCCUUCUUUGACGACAUCCAGCAGAGACGGGGGCUGGCCAACUCCAUCAACUCCUACCUCAUCAAACCGGUCCAGAGGAUCACAAAGUACCAGCUGCUGCUGAAGGAGCUGCUGUCCUGCUGCGAGGAGGGGAAAGGAGAGAUCAAAGACGGCCUGGAAGUGAUGCUGAGCGUUCCCAAGCGGGCCAACGACGCCAUGCACCUGGCCAAUCUGGAGGGCUUCGAGGAGAACCUGGAGGUGCAGGGGGAGCUCAUCCUCCAGGAAUGCUUCCAGGUUUGGGACCCACGCUCGCUGAUCCGGAAGGGGCGGGACCGACACCUGUUCCUGUUCGAGUUCUCAUUGGUCUUCAGUAAAGAGAUCAAAGACUCUGCCGGCAGAACCAAGUACCAGUACAAGAACCGGCUGCUGACGUCUGAGCUGGGGGUGACGGAGCACAUCGAGGGCGACCCCUGUAAGUUUGCCCUGUGGUCGGGGAGAACACCAUCUUCAGACAACAAGACGGUUCUGAAGGCCUCCAGCGUGGAGGUUAAACAGGAAUGGAUCAAGAACAUCAGGGAGGUGAUCCAGGAGAGGAUGACCCACCUAAAGGGGGCCCUGAAGGAGCCCGUUCCCCUGCCGAAAGCACCUGCUCUCACCAAACCAAAGAAUCACGCCAAGAGGGAGGGCGCCGAAGACGGCGACAGCCAGGGCGACGGCGGCGGCAGCGGCAGCCAGCCGGACACCAUCUCCAUCGCCUCCAGGACGUCGCAGAACACUAUGGACAGUGACAAGCUCUCUGGCGGUUGCGAGCUGACGGUCGUCCUGCAGGACUUCACGGCAGGCUGCGGCACAGAGAUGUCCGUCAGUACAGGUCAGACGGUGGAGCUGCUGGAGCGGCCCAGUGAGCGACCCGGAUGGUGUCUGGUCCGAACCACCGACCGCAACCCGCCGCAGGAAGGGCUGGUUCCCAGCUCGGCUCUCUGCGUGUCCCACUCCCGCUCCAGCGUGGAGAUGGACUGCUUCUUCAGCUCGGGGAGAGAAUACCAUGUGAGCGGCGCUGACGGGAAGAGCGAGUCGGUGGCAAACCUGCAGCCUCAGCCAUCCCUCAGUUCUCUGCAGUCCAGCUCUCCGGGCCCAAAACGUCCAGGAAACGCUCUGAGGAAAUGGCUGAGCCCAGUGCGCCGCCUCAGCCAGGGCAGCUCCGUCAAGAAACCCACCAGCAAACCCAAGAAGCCAGGACCAGGAUCAGGCAGAGAAGAUGGCAGGAGGCCGGACCCGGAGGACGCCAUAGAUGAGAGAGUGACCAGUGUGGAGAGCAGCGCACAUUUUAAGACUCCAUCCGGGAUGCAGAGCGGCGGGGAGGAGGAGCAAGAUGAUGAGGCCCACCCUCCUCUGCCUCCGCCCAUGGAGAUCAUGAAGGAUACUCCAGCUCAGGAUGACAAGUCUUCGUCCUUGCUAACGUCCCUGCAGCCUCCCGCUGAGGUACCCAGCGCCGCAGAGCUGGUUAGCGCCAUAGAGAAACUGGUUAAAACUAAGAUGACUGGAGAUUCAGGAGCAUUCCCGGGAUUUCCUCUGUCUCCACCAGAACAAACCACUCCGGUCCAGCCAAGGAACCCUGAACAGGAGCAGAAAGCCAAAGCCAUGAGAGGACGGAUGUUUGUUCUGAACGAGCUGGUCCAGACCGAGAAGGACUACGUCAAAGACCUGGGCAUUGUGGUGGAGGAUUUCAUGAAGCGGAUUGAGGAGAAGGGCGUUCCUGAUGACAUGAAAGGAAAAGACAAAAUCGUCUUCGGAAACAUCCACCAGAUCUACGACUGGCACCGAGACUUCUUCGUCGUAGAGCUGGAGAAAUGUCUGGAAGACCAAGAACUUCUAGCAGGGCUCUUCAUCAAACACGAGAGACGACUGCACAUGUAUGUGAAUUACUGCCAGAACAAACCCAAGUCGGAGUACAUCGUAGCCGAAUAUGACACGUACUUUGACGGGAUCCAGCAGGACAUCCAGUCCAGAUUGAGCAUCAGUGACUUUCUCAUCAAACCGAUCCAGAGAAUCACCAAGUACCAGCUUCUCCUGAAGGACUUCUUAAAGUACAGCACUAAAGCGGGAAUAGACUGUGAACAAAUAGAGAAAGCUGUAGAUCUGAUGUCUCAGGUCCCUAAACUGUGCAACGACAUGAUGAACCUGGGUCGGCUGCAGGGAUUUGAGGGGAAUCUAAUCAAUCAGGGGAAGCUGCUGCAGCAGGAAACCUUCUUUGUGACGGAGCAGGAUGGAGGCGUCCUGUCACGCUCCAAAGAGCGCAGAGUCUUCCUCUUUGAGAAGAUCGUCAUCUUCAGCGAACUGCUCAGGAAAGGCUCGUCCACACCUGGAUAUCAGUUCAAGAAGUGCAUCAAGGUGUUUGUUCUUGGUCUGGAGGAGAGCGCCGACAACGACCCCUGUAAGUUCGUCUUGACCAGUCGAGGCUCAUCCGAGAGAUUCACGCUGCAGGCCGCUAACGUUGACAUCAAGCAGGAGUGGAUCGGACACAUUCAGGAACUUCUGGAUGCUCAAAACAACUUCCUGUCCGCUCUGCAGUCACCGAUCGAUUACCAGAAGAACAAAGGAGAAAGCAACUCUUCGCUGACCCGGAAAAGCUCUGGGUCAGGGAACAGAUCCAGCUCUUCUUCUGUUGGCCGACCCUCAUCAGAUGUUGGACUCGACAACAGACAGUCUGUGAAAAGCCAGUUGAAAAUGUCCGCGUCCAACGGCGGCACGCCGUAUUUCAUCCCAACGGAAGCUGACGGCGACAGCUGCAACGGCGUCUCCUCCACCAGGCGGGUCACUCAGGAUUACUCUGCGGUCAAAGAGAAUGAGAUCAGCGUCAGUAAGGGGGAGACGGUGCAAAUCCUGGCCUCCAACCAGCAGAACAUGCAUCUGGUUUACCGGCAGGCGGACAGCCAAUCACCCGCCGCCGAGGGCUGGGUGCCGGGGUUCGUCCUGGACAUGCCCACAAAGUCCAUAAAAGACUCUUCCUCCACUUCCUCCUUCCCGACCGCGGUGGCAGACGCCAACAACAUCAAGAAGUCUCUGUCUUGGAACACGCUGCGUGCUCGGAAGCGCGCCGAAGCCCGGGAUGCGUCCUCGCUGGCGUUCAGAGGUCAAGAGAAUGGGCUCUUUCGUAAGCCCAAAGACGCUGCCGGCACCUCUCCCCCGCUCGCCACGCCAAAGGCCAAAGACGUCCACACCUCAGACGAGUCCGAUUGUGAAGACGUCGCUCCAGAAACCGGCAUGGAGCUUCUAAAUCCAAACUUUAUCCAGGAAGUGGCGCCGGAGUUCAUGGUCCCUCUGUCUGAUGUGGCAUGCGCUUUGGGGGAGACGGUGGUCCUCUGCUGUAAAGUCUGCGGGCGACCAAAACCCUCGGUCACCCUGAAGGGUCCAGACCAAACCCUGGUGACCAGCAACAGCCGCUUCACCAUCGACAUCAGGGACACGGGGGACAUCUUGCUGAAAAUCUGUAACCUGAUGCCUCAGGACACGGGCAUUUACACCUGCGUGGCCAUGAAUGAGCAUGGCUCCUCCUCCUCCUCUGCCUCCAUCAAAGUUCAAGGUAUCCCAGCAGCCCCGGGGAGGCCCGUGGCUCAGGAGGUGACCAACACGGCGGUGAUGGUGCACUGGCCACCGCCAGCGUCAUCCGCCCACAACACCAUCAGCAGCUACACGGUGGAGUACAGACAGGAAGACUCAUUGCUAUGGCAACAGGCGGUCAGCAGCAGGGAAGAGUGUGUUCAGAUCGACGCUCUGAUUCCAGGGGGACACUAUCAGUUCAGGGUGCGGGCCUCCAACAUGUGGGGGAUCAGCCCGCCGUCUGAACCCUCAAACAUGAUCACCCUGUACAGCAGCAGCUCUGGAUAUGAUGGAACAGGGAUCCAGUGGAAGGAGAACUUUGAUUCCAGCUUUACAGAGAUCAGUGAAAUUGGAAGGGGACGGUUCUCCGUUGUUAGGAAAUGUCUCAGCAAGUCCAGUAAGAAGGAGGUUGCUGUGAAAUGUGUGAGUAAGAAGCUGCUGAAGAAGGAGCAGGUUGCUCAUGAGGCAGACCUCCUUCGACGUGUGCAGAACCAUCAGGUGGCGGCUCUGCUGGACACCUACGAGUCUCCUUCUUCUUUGAUGCUAAUCCUGGAGCUAUUGGAGGACGGACGUUUGUUGGAUUACCUGGCCUCCCAUGACGAGCUGAUGGAGGAGAAGGUGGCGUUCUUCAUCAGGGAAACGUUGGAGGCUUUGCAGCACCUUCACACUUGCAGGGUAGCACACCUGGAUCUCAAGCCUGAGAACAUCAUGGUGGACCUCCAUGGUCCAUCUCCAUCCAUCAAGCUUGUUGACCUCGGCGAUGCUGUUCACCUGUCCGCCCAUCGCAAAUACAUCCACCUCUUGCUUGGAAACCCAGAGUUUGCUGCGCCUGAGCUCAUUCAAGGCUCUCCGGUCUCCCUGGCGACGGACAUGUGGAGUGUGGCCGUGCUAGCCUACGUGAUGUUGAGCGGCGUUUCUCCGUUUUUGGAUGAGUCGCCGGAGGAAACGUGCAUCAACAUUUGCCGCCUGGACUUCUGCUUCCCAGACGAAUACUUCAGUGGCGUGAGCCAGGCCGCCAGGGAUUUUGUGUCGUCAGGCCUGCAGCAGGAUCCUCGGAAGAGGCUGAGCGCCACUUCCUGUCUGCAGCACCCAUGGGUGGGGCGUGGCGGCACUCAGGGCGGCCAGUAUUCUAAAACUCCAUUGGACACAUCCCGCCUGGCCACGUUUAUCGAUCGAAGGAGACAGCUGCACGACGUCCGGCCCGUCACCAACAUCAAAGGGCUGGUGAGCAGCCGAGUGGGGGGAACACUGUGAGGAAGAGGAGGUCACGAUGAAGAAAGCUGAAUGUCUUUAGUAUUUAUUCAUGAAGGAAUGAGGAAAAAGGCUGUUCAUGGUGACUGAAGACCUCAAACCCUCUUAGGUAGCUGGUAAUCAUGGCUGUAAACUUUUUAUUUUUUCCAAGACUUUUCUUUUAUCAGCUGGUUUCCAUGGCAAUGGCCCCUGUUAGCCCAAAGAAACUGCCUAGCCAUGAAACGGUUGUAGAAAUGUACAGAAACACAAAUUCCUAUUGUCUUAAUCUGUAAACCUGUUUGUGUUUGGAUGAAAUUCCACAGCUCUCGUCAUAGCAGCCGGUGUUAUCAGGCGUGUGCCUUGUUAGACAUCUGCUCUGCAGGUUUGUGCCGCCAUGCAGACACAAUUCAAGAUCGAAUCUCACAGUUGCUGAUGUUUUAUGUGGAAUUUCUGAGUUUUUUCUGGGCGGGGAGGGAGUUCGCAGUAAAAGGUUGAAAUAUUUUAACAUCUCUCUAAAUAAAAGUUCUAAAAUUUUCUUUUGAUAGAGGCAAAUGAACAAGUGAAUUUCCAUUUUCCAUUUGUAAAGUACAAACAUGGGGUCAUGUUGGGGUGAACAUAGAGAAUCAGGAUCAUUUACAAUGAGCUGAUACAUUGGCAAAAUAGUAAAAAAAAGUUUCAUGAAAUAGAAUAGACAGCAUAAAUGACAUUGUGUCGUGGAUGGGGACUCUGCCUCCACUCGUUGGUUUCCAUGGCACCUUUGCAAAGUUCAGAUCCAUUGACUUUGUAAUAUUUUACUUUGCAUGAAGUUGCAGACGGUGCAUAAAAAAUUUUAAAAAUCCCCAUAACAGACAAAAUCCCCAAGCAUCACAUCCCAUUUUUGCUCUUUGGCUCACGUUCUAGUCUGUCUGCAUUUACACUGUCACUGAACCGUUUCAGGGAUCACUUAUAUGUGAGUUUGAACCCUUCGUCUUUGGUAGACUGGAGUUCAUUUGGUCCACAGCAGAGUUCAGAUGAGCUGUCACACCUGCCAAACAAAGCUGAUACCCUUUAACAGACCUGUUGGCGGAACACAGUUUUGAACUACUGUAACUCUGACGCUUUACGCGAUCCAUGUAGUUCUAGUAGGAAAACUCUAAACUACUGUAACUUUUCUCCUGUCAAGUGUAAACUUUACUACUGUUACUUGACAUUAGUAAAGUUUACACUUGACAAUAGUAACGAAACUGUAAACUACUGUGACUUUACUGUAAAUUUGACACUUCACUGCUAUAAAGUUCAAACUUUACUACUGUAAAUGUAACUAGUUACUACUGUAAAGUAGUGAAUAGUGUACAGUGCCCCUUUAGUUUCACUUUCACUACUGUAAUGUGUAAACGAUACUACUUUAAAGUUUACCAGUACACUCGUUUACUUUACACUAGAAUUUAGAAUCCUGUACUGUAAAUUUUACACUUUACUGUAGUAACUAGUAAACCUUACUAACUUUUCCUGAUCUGAGUAGGAUGUAGAGAAAUCAUUUCAUCUGAGCCAAAAUUGGGCCUGGAGACACACCUAUCCAGGUUACGAGUCAACAGCCUCACAGCUUCUUUUUUUAAAUAAAUAGGUCAACGGUUAAUGUCUUUCUACUCAGGUUUUGUGAGUUUGAUAUUGCACAGAUGUUAGCAGCUGACAGAGUUUAGGGAUUGACUUCUGCCUGAUGCCAACUGAACUACAGCCAACUACUAAAAAAUCAAUAAAAACCGGAGUUUUCAUGUCAAAGAACAGUUUUCUUGCUCAAUAGAGUAAUUCAGUAGAGUAAAACAUGUUUGUAAUGAGUCUGCCAUCGGUCAGUCGGUCGUCUGUUUCCAGAACAAACGUCUGCUACUGCUGGCAUAUAAGUUAGAAGUGAUUCUUUUUCUGUCUGAAGGUCAUCUCCAUUAUUCUGCUUCUGGAAGAAUCAAGUUAAUGUCCUGCUGUGAUGCAUCUGUCGCCUUUCGUAUCUUUUGGUGCUGUUUGACGCCUUUGAAAGCUUUUCCACGCACUUGUGAAAGAUUCUUCUCUCUUAACGAUGGCUCUAAGGAUUGUGCUUGAAUUCAUUCAAACGUGAUGCACAUUUAACCGCCAGGUCUUUGUUUGAGCACGGCUACAUAACAUGACUGUAGAAACCUAUAUGCAGGUCUGUGAACUGCAGCUCAGUGGAUGUAUUUUAGGAUAGAAAAGUGUGUUUUAAUGAUUAAUGUAAACAACGUGGAAUGUUGCCGGUUUAUCCGUUGGCCUCCUCAAGCCUUUCAGACGUUUGGCUCUGUAGACAAGCACCUUUGAAAGAACCUGAGUCCUUCCAUGAACUGAUGACUGAUGAGGAGGGGUUCAUGCUUUGUCCUGCUGUCCCACCGGCUUAAUCCCCAUCUCCAGUUAACAUAGAGUAUGACCAUGUAUUUUCUAUAUUAUCCAGAGCUGAGUUGCUGGUUCAACACCUUGUCUUUCUGUCACUAAUCAGAUGACAGAUUUACACAUGGAUUUGGCUGAGAAUCUGCUGUGAGCAAGCCAAACUUUUUUUCCUCAUAACCGGUCCCCCAGCAUGACUCUGAACACUGUGUAAACCUUCGUCAUGGAUCUCAGGUCUUAAACUAGAAUUUGAUGGAUUCAAAAACAUAUUGCUGGCGGUGCUGAGCCUCUUGAAUGCUUUCAAAAUAAAAAUUCCUUUGUUUUUUCUGUC